ACGCGUCACAGCCCUAGUUUUUUUUAGAGGGAAAAUGUAUCGUCUUCGUUCAAAGUCUUUUACCGGAAUCGCUCUCAAUACCUUUUUCGCUGCUGUGCCGCUUGAAGAAAUUUAUUUUAGAAGACAAUAUAGUAAAAACUGGUCUUCUAUUGGCUGAUUUUUGUUAAUAGCGCUUUAAAUUAGAACGAAAAUGCCAAGAUCCAAGAAGAAGAGCAAAAGAGGGGCCCAACCUGGGCAGCCUUUCAGCGACGAAGAUGCCUCCAUCGAGACGCUCAGCCACUGUAGCAGCUACAGCGACUCAGUCAGCGUGGCUGAAGAAGCAGGGGAAUCGGGGGAAGACUCUGCUCAGGAUGACUUCCAGUUCAAGCUGAAGGUGUACAUCGACAGCACCGUGGACAAGAGCGCAAAGACGAGGCAGGGGGCGCUUGACAGUUUGAAGACUGCCAUGGCAACCAAGAUUCUGUACGAGUUCAUCUUGGAGCAGAGGAUGACCAUCACAGACAGCAUCGAGCGCAGCUUAAAGAAAGGGAAGGGAGAGGAACAGCGGGCGGCAGCCUCCCUGGCCUGCCUGCUCUGCAUACAGCUGGGCUCGGGCCUCGAGAGCGAGGAGGUGUUCAAGACCCUCAAGCCCAUCUUCAGGACCGUCCUCUUCGACGCCUCGGCCAACAUCCAAGCCCGACAGGCGUGUGCUACGAGUUUGGGCCUGUGCACACUGGUGGCGGAAGAUGAUAUCUUGGACGUGUGUGGCACCAUGGAGCUCUUUGAGAGCCUGUUCAUGCGCUCGUACACGCGGGCGGACGGCAGCCGGCCCUCGCUGAGCCCCCAGACCACGCAGCUGCACACCAACGCCCUGCUCUCCUGGGCCCUGCUGCUCACCAUCUGCAGCGGGAACCAGAUCCGCACCGUCCUGCACAAGCACCUGCCCAAGCUUCCGGGGCUGCUGGAGAGUGAUGAUGUGAACAUGAGGAUUGCCGCAGGAGAGACCAUCGCCCUGCUGUUCGAGCUGGCCAGGGAUGUGGAGCCAGACUUUGACGAUGAGGACUGGGAGAGUCUGUGUGAGAAACUGAGCGCUCUGGCCACCGACUGCAACAAGCACCGGGCCAAGACUGACAAAAGGAAGCAGCGAUCCGUCUUCAGGGAUGUACUUAAGGCCGUGGAGGAGGGAGGCUUCCAGUCUGAGACCAUCCGCUUCGGCACCGAGCGCAUGACCAUCGACAGCUGGGUGAGGAAGAGGACGUAUGAUUCCUUCCGGGAGUUUGUGGGCUCUGGAAUGAACUACCAUCUGCAGAGUAACGAGUUCAUAAGGGACGUGUUUCAGCUGGGACCACCAAUGCUAAUCGAUUCCGCCACACUCAAGGCAAUGAAGACCUCUCGACUGGAAAGGCAUCUGUACAACGCUGCCGCGUUCAAAGCUCGGACCAAGGCCAGGAACAAGUUUCGGGACAAACGGGUGGAUGUGGGAGAAUUUUAGAAAUAUUUUUUUUUUUUUUUUUUUUCACUUUUCUUUUUUUACAUACUAUAACCCUAUAGUUCUUGCUCUAUUGUAUGGUAGUACUAACGACCUUGAUGUAUAUUUUUAAUUUAUCGUGUUAUUUAAAUGGGCACUUUGUGCAUACAGUUAAUUGUUUUGUUUUUUUGGUCCACCAUCAUGUAAUGCUAUCUAUUCCUGGAUAAGUACAGUAAGUUGUAUUGUUUAGAAACUGUCCAGUUCUGUGAGAUCGUUAUGUAUUAUCUCCUAGUAUGGUAAGAAAGAACAGCGCCACUAAUAAAUAUAUAAUGUUACACAAUGA